UCCUAACUUUUUGGUUCAUUUGUUUCUCUUUCUCAUUAUUUCUUUCGUCGGCUGUAUCCUUUUUCUUCUCUCUCGUCCUUAGUCCCUUCCAAAAGCCAAACCCACACCCACCUGCUAUGCAAAUCUAGACCAAAAGAAGCAAAGAAAAACCAGAGCUAGAAAAAUGAAUAACAUCAUUUGUGCUGAAAGUGAAAGUGAAAUUAGUAUCUCAGCCAAAAAUAAAAGAAUGAUAAUGAAAGAACUUGUUAAGGGUCAGGAAUCUGCUACUCAACUCAAGGUUCUUCUUGAGAAGCCCUUUGGGAGUGAAGGGUCUCUCUCUUGUCAGGAACUCACGGCCAAUGUCCUCAGAUCUUUCACUCAAGCUAUUUCUAUCAUAAACUCUUCUUCUGCAGAUGAGGUGGCUCAUCGGAGUCUCCUGAAUUCCGGCCAAAAUGGGUCGCCGGUGGCCGUUUCCGGCGAGAACAGAUCCCAAAAGGGUCGGAGAGGUCGCUACAAUAGAAGGAAGAAUGCACUUACAUGGACCAUACUCUCAUGCACCACUGAUGAUAAUCAUGCAUGGAGGAAGUAUGGACAAAAGAGAAUCCUGAAUUCUGAAUUUCCUAGGAGUUACUUCAGGUGCAGUCACAAGUAUGAUCAAGGUUGCCGAGCAAUCAAACAGGUGCAGGUGGAUCAAGAGAAUCCGAAUAUGUUGCAAACUACUUACAUUGGAAUUCACACAUGCAAUGGCACCCCUAUGGCUACACAUUCAGCCAUAGGUUCUAGUUCUACUGAAUGGGAAUCAUCAUAUCUUCUGAAUUUUGAUCAUCAUGACUCCAAGGUACCAAAUGUACAAGAUCACCACAUUAGCUCACCAAACCUAACUAUAAAACAAGAAUUUCCCAAAGAAGACACCCAUAGUGAUGUUGCAGAUCAUAAGUACUCGGAUCCUAACUUGUGGUCAGAUCUAAAGGAUUUUCAACCAUUCAAGCCUACCAUUAUGCCCUUCAGGAUGGAAUCUGAUAAUAAUAAUAAUAAUAAUACUAAUGCAGAUAAUGUGUAUUCUUCAUGUACAGACUAUCAACGUCUGAACAUGAAUUUUGAGAUGGCAUCUGUUCAUUUUGACACUGACUUCCACUUUGACGAAAGUCACUUUGACGAAAGUCCGUUGCUUUAAUACUUUGAUUGGUUUCCCAAGCUUUGUUGUUGGUGUGGAGAUUCUUGUCGUCUCAUUAUUCUCAAUAACAUGAUAGUAUACAAUGUCAUGAGAGAAAGAAAUAAGGAAAAUAAAAAUUAAAUUAUCCCUGAAA